AUGAAAUCAAUUUACUUCGCUUGGAUAAUUUUCACUCGGAAAGGAAAACGAGACGAUAUUGGACAAUGGCUCAACAUUUAUAGGCUUUUUCCACGUCUCACGGUGCGGUACAAACUUCGUUUAAAAUUGAAGCUCAAUAAAAAGUUAUUACGAGCAACCGUUUUAAAAUUGUCUAUUCAGAUCAUUGCAAAGUUGCAGGAAAAUUCAUGA